AUGGUUUGGCUAACGAAUCCGCAGUUCUUCAAGGGAUUCACUUCGAAUCUCAAAAAGGCUUUGCCGUGUAUCAAGAUUGCCGACGAAGAGAACAUCCCGCUGCUCCGAUCGCUCGGUGACGAAGCACAAGAUCCAACACAGCUGGCGACUUCCCUGCGUAACUACAUUCUCACUUGUUGUCUCAAGGGAAUAUCGCUGUCGGUUCACGACAACCCAAUCGAUUCUGAAGCUAUCAAUCACUCCGAUCUCGUUAGCGUCGAAGAGAGAAUCUACACAGAGAAGGAUUUGUUCCGCGAGGAACUCAAUCUUCAAAACACCACCACCAAGAAGCAUGAAUUCAAAGAUUAUACUCCAAAGAUAUUCGCUGCAAUUAGACAACUACAAGGUUUAUCUCCAGAUGAUUAUUUGAAAUCAUUUAAUGCAACAACAUUCUUUGAUAUCUUAACUAAUCAGAAGUUCUCAGAGGGUAAGAGUGGUAGUUUCAUGUGUUUUACACCAGACAAUCAAUAUUUGAUAAAGACAAUCACCGCAGAGGAGAGUAGAUUAUUAAGAAAGAAGAUGAUAAAGUUUUAUGAUUAUUUUAAAUCAAAUCGUUCAUCGUAUCUCUUAAAGUUUUAUGGUUCUUAUAAAGUUGUUAUGCCAAAUCGUCAUUAUGUUUAUUUAGCAGUAAUGUCAAAUGUAUUUAGCUGUACGACACAAAAGAUUAGAGAACGUUACGAUAUUAAGGGAUCAUGUAUAAAUAGAGGUGGAAAGCACGACUACGACAAGAAAUCAUUAGGUUUGGAUCUAGAUUUUAUCAAUGUCAGACAGAGUCUAAGAUUACCACAUCAUCACAAAGAGUUUAUUAUUCAUCAACUGCAGAGAGACGCUGAGUUCCUACAGUCUUUAAAUAUCAUGGAUUACAGUUUACUCAUUGGUGUACAUGAGAACACUGAUGAUCAACAGCAACAACAAGAACAACAAAUUACAAAUGCACAAUCACCAGAUCAAUCACCUUCCCAAUCAUCAUCUACACCAUCACCAUCAUCACUAUCUUCAUCGUCAUCAACAUUACACUCAUCGAAUAACUAUAUAGUUAAAACACCACCACCCAACUAUGGUAGAUUGAUAUCAUCGGAUAACAAAGAAAUAUAUUAUAUUGGAAUUAUCGAUAUUCUUCAACUAUAUGAUUUUAGCAAGAAACAAGAAAGAUUUUUAAAGAUUUACUUUACUCGCAAAGAUGGUAAAGGUAUCUCUGCAGCACCACCCGAUUUCUACAAAGAAAGAUUUAUGAAUAGAAUGAAUCAAAUCAUUGGUGAAAUCUAUUAUGUUUAA